UUUCACCACGUUUUUUUGGUGUGUUUUUCGCGAUCGAUUCUUGAAUUUGAACAACAACCACCGACAACAUUUCAUCGAUUGAAAAAUCAGCAAAAAAAACCGCCAGAACAAAAAGGAAAAAUGAUUCCAGAUUCAUUAUCAUUAUCAUCAUCUUUAUCAUCGUCUACAAAUCAACAACAACAACAACAACAUUAUCAUUAUCAACAUCAACAUUCAAUAAAAAUUGUUUUAGUUGGUGAUGUUCGUGUUGGAAAAACAUCAUUGAUACAACGUUUUAUUGCUAAUCAAUUGCCUGGUAUUUAUAUUCCAACCGGAUUUGAUAAAUAUACGGCUACAUUUGAAAUUGGUGGCCAUCAUUUUCAUACAAACAUUUGGGAUACAUCGGGUUCACCUUUAUACGAUACGGUCAGACCAUUGGUUUAUGAUGAAACAAAUAUUUUCCUAAUUUGUUUCAAUCUUGGUGAUUGGUAUUCAUUGGAUAAUGUUGUGAAAAAGUGGUAUCCAGAGAUACGAAAAUAUUCCAAAAAAUCAAACAUACCAAUCAUAUUGAUUGGUUGUCAAAAUGAUCAACUUUUCAUUGAUGCAGAUCAUCGUCAUCAACAACAAGACCAGUAUCAUGUUUAUGAAUCAUCUUAUAAUCAGCAAGAAAAUUUACAAACACCAGCAGCAGCAACGACGACGUUAAUCAAUGAUUGUAAACGAAAAAUUGUUUACACUGAAGAGGCAAUCGAAAUAUCCAGAAAAAUUGGUGCAAUAACCUAUGUUGAAACUAGUUCAUAUAAUCCAAUAUCGGUACGUGAAGCAUUCGAAGUUGCAACAUUGAUUGCACAUGGAAAAUUAUUAACAUUCAAUAACGGUCAAAGUGUUAAUGGUCAAAGUGGUCAAAAUGGUCAUCCUCAUCACCAGAAUAAUUUACGAUCAAUGAUGAUGUUGAUGAUGAUGAUGAAAUCGCCGAAGACGACAAUAGUGGAUCAACAACAAUCACCAACAUCACCAAUGUCAUCAUCAUCAUUUUAUGGUUUAAAAAAUUUCAUUUCAUCAUCAUCCACAUCGACAAUACCAUCACCAACAAAUAGUUGCUGUUCUAAUAGUGAUGAUUUAUUAUCAAAUUCUGAAUCAUCAAAUGGUAGUACAUCGGUUGCAGCAGUUACGAAUAAUGGCCAUUCAAACAAAUUAAAAACAUCCAUUUCAUCAACACAUUUACAACGUAAUCGUCGUUCAUUAUUUAAAUUACGUAAAUGUAAAAGUAAACAAGAUUUAUAUCAACAACAACAACAACAGCAUUCUAAUCAACAACAACAAAAUCGUGGAUUCAUAUCAAUGAUGUUAAUGAAAUCAUCCAAACGAAAUAAUAGUAAUAAUAAUAAUAAUAUUGGCGCUGGUUAA